CAUCAUUCAUCUCGGUCCAAACCGAAUCCUUCUCCACCACACAGUGUAGCCACAUCUGACAGAACAGAAACAUGUCACUUCACAGCCUCUGUGUGCAUGCCGUCCUGCUAACAAGCAUCCUGUAUUUCUGCACAUCAUCAGGUGGUUCAUCUGAGAGUAGACUUCACAGGAUCAUCAUGAACCAAGAUGUAAAGAAGCUUGAAGCCAGACCAACAUCGAAGAUUGCAGUGUCUCAAUCCAAAGCCAAAGAUUUUCUGUCGGCUCUUCACAGGUCAAAGAGAAACGUGUGGGACCGCAGCCGUCCAGACGUCCAGCAGUGGAUCCAGCAGUUCAUGCAUAUGGGCUACGAUGAGGCUAGACUUGAGACUGAUCUUUCCUAUUGGAUGGACCGUGCCAGAUCCCAUGACCAAGGUCAGCAGCAUCAUUACGAUGAGAAUGCACCCAUGAGCCAUCAGGACCCCAGCUCGUACAGACAUGGAGCCAAUGUCAAUUAUGAUUACUAUUAAACCACACAGGUGCCAUCUUCUAGAGCUUUACAUUCACUGUAAGAGCUGGAGACCACUGGAGGACUCAUUUGUUGGUCUAGUGCACGGUGCAAUGACAUGACCUAUCUCUGUGUGAUGAUCGCAUUGCAUCGCAUGUUCUAUGUGUUGUCUGUUUUUAAUUGAGUGAAUAGGAUUAUGGGAUUGUACGAGAUAAAGGUCAAGAUCAAAUCAAACAGGGUGUGAAGAAUACAAUAUGAAUAAAAUCAAGAGUGAUUAUUUUUGUAUUUGUAUUCUGAAUUUCUUGCACCCUUGAAACCACAUUGCAUUGCUAUAUUUUUAAUAAGUUAAAAGAUAUAAUACAAAAAAGACUCACAAUUUUGUUUAAAAAAUAUAUUUUUUAAAUAAAAAGACAACAACAGUGAAGUUUUAAUGAGCUAUAAAUAUCGAUUACCAGCAAAGAAUACAAGAGAUUUGAGUUUUGAACACUCCUUGAUGAUUUACUUUCCUAAAUACAGUCGGGCACAUUAUUCUGGGCUUUUCUAAACAGGCAUGUUUCAAGGUUUCAUGUGUAAGCAUAAUAUAGCAUUAAAGACCUUUUUUUUCUCAAUCAAGAACAAUAAUCUUUAUUUAUGGUCUUGAUUCUCAGAUCAGACAAGGCUUAUAAGGCUUUGAACGUUAUUGUUGUUCAUAUUUGUUGCAUUAGCUCUUGGUCUGGUUGAUAUGAAACUGAGGGAAACAAUCAUAGCCUGUGUUGAACUAUCAGGGCAGAGACAUGGGAACAAAUAUGGUCUAAGAUUUCUUUUGGUUUUACCUGUACCAGAAAUAAUUUGACUGGAGAAAUAACACACAGAUGUUUUAAAUGAAAGAUUUUUUUAUCUACAAUGAUAUUUUAUCUUUUACCAGAUGGUAUUUACGUGUGUAUUUGUAACCAUUGAUAUAUCCUAAUUUAAGAACACUGAAUAUUCUCAUCUUUGAGUAUAUAUGCCAUCUGUCA